UGCUCCUUGCACCGAGAAACAAGUGAAGAACGAAAUCUGACAUCUGCUAGGUGUUAUGUUUACAUCUGAUAUACAUUAUUUUUUUUAAUUGUGCCUUGAGAAAUGACAUCUGAUAGCCGAAGGCUGAUUUAUUACUUUUUAUUUGAAGUUACGGGAAAACACCCUUUAUGAGCUCCCUCUUCGUAUUGUAAAACAAGACGCAAUGGAAUCUUCUGCGUUAAACGUGGCCCAUCAGCAGCACCGCAAAGCUGACACACAUCUCCGAUACAAACGGUUUGAUGAAGCUGUGCAGUGCCACCAAAAUGCUGCAUCAAUGUUGAAAGAAGCAAUGAAGCUUACUAGUGUAACUAGAGCUCUUGAAUCACUACAUUUACAGCAUGAUUAUCAUGUGAGACAGCAAGAAAUAAUAAGGUUGAAGAAGGAUCAGUUUGAAACAUUUAAGAGAGCUCUUGAAAAUAAGAAGAAGAUGUCCUUUAAGUUUGUGAAAGAUGAAAAUCUAUCUUCUCUGCAACAAGAGGAGGGAAAGAAUAAUCUUCAGUUAGCCAUUUACAAAACAAUGGAAGAAGCAGACUCACUCUUGCAGUUGCUUGUACGUCAUGGUGAUGGAGGAAGUGAUGCUGAUGACUCACAAGAAACAUGUGCACAGCCAGUAGCUGCUGUCAUAGAGGGCAGCAAACGACCUAAGGAUGAACAAACAGUGAUUGAGGAACUUCGAACACUUAACAGUCAAUUGAGGGCCCUUGUAAUGCAGCUCAUCACUCAACUAGAUGCCAGUGUGCGUGAAACAGAGCGCCUGCAAUCUGUGGUGCAGAGAUUGGAAGCUGAAGCAGCUGCUCGUGAAAAUGCUCCGCCUGGAACAGGUAUAAUCAGUGAAACUAAUGGUACCUCAGACUGCCAUCACACAGUGACUGCAGGAUCUGCAGGUGGAAGUUCUCCUUUUGUGUUCUCUCCCUGUGGAGACCUGGAGGGUGAUGCGAAUUCCUCACCCCGUGAGUUGCCUGUUCUUGCACCUUUAGAAAUGCCAGAAUUUGACUUCUCUGUCUUCAGUAAGAGAGCUUCUUCAGAUAGUACACUUUGACAACUUCAGUAUAUUGCUUUCAUGAGCAUUAUAUAAUGGCUACAAGGUUGUGAAAACUCCCUUAAGAUAUUAUGAAAUAAGUAUGUAUGUAACAGAGAGACAGAAGUAGAAAUUCUAGAAAAGUUGUAUGUAAAGGUGCCAAUAUUGUAAAUAACAAAGUUGUGUGUAUUUGCUACUACUUAUAUCACCAUCAUGUAUUUGAUACAUGAAGACAUUGUGUGACGAACUUUGACAUUGUCACCUAAUGUUAUAUCUCAGGAAUUACACUGUUAUUGCUGAAGUUUUCUGUGUGAGCUGCUUGUUGAUAGUAGCACACCUCAAUUAUGUUUGAUUUUUCAAGUGCAAUUUGUAACACUUGUGAACUUGACUUGACCGGGAGGAAAUUCAGUGCUUUAUGUUUAGUGUUUUUCCACAAACCUGGUUCAUUGAAUACAAUUUUGUAAUAUUUCUAUAUAAUUUCAAAAUCCCAGAUUAAAUAUUUUUUU